AUGCGCCCCAAGUCCCGCGACGGAUUCGAGUACGCAAUCACUUGCAGCCUUCCGCUUGAAAUGGAUGCCGUAGAAGCGCUUUUGGACGAAUGCUAUGAUCGAUUUGGGACGCUAUAUGACAAGUGUCCUGGAGACACUAACAUAUACACAUGCGGACGGAUCGGGCCGCAUAAUGUUGUCCUAUGUCUGACGGCAGACAUAGGCAAAGCGGGAGCAGCUGCGACGGUCCCGACCUUGCUCCUCAGCUAUCCAAAUGUUCGAUUGGUGUUCGUUGUCGGUGUAUGUGGUGGCGUUCCUUUCCCGUCCGUAGGUGGCCGUGGGAUCUUUCUUGGCGACGUUCUCAUCAGCGACAGCAUUAUCGAAUAUGAUGUUGGUGUACUAUACACCAGUAGCUUCCAGCGACAGACUGAUAUCAAGAGUACGCUCGGACGACCGAACCGUGGAAUAAGGUCCCUGUUAUCAAACUUGGGGAGCGACAAGGGACGCAAGGAGUUCAAAGAGCAAACAGAGGGAUAUGUAACAACGCUCCAAUCGCUCCAAAAGGACCGCUGGGAGCGUCCAGAUGUCGCAUCUGAUGUCCUCUUUGAGUCAUCGUACCAGCAUCGACACCGCCAAGGAGUGCAUCUCGACGAGUGCAUCUGUCUCAAGUAUGCAUCCGAAGCUGCCGUUUGUAAAGUUGCCAUGAAUGCGAGCUGCCUCAACCUUGGUUGUGAGGAGGAACACAUCCGCCGCCGUCGACCCGAGACAGAAGGCUCCGAAUGGGCGGUGCAUAUUGGUACAUUUGCAUGUGCAGAAACGGUUAUGAAGUCCGGAAUCCACCGUGACGACUUGGCAGAGAAGGAGGGGGUGAUUGGAUUCGAGAUGGAAGGGGCAGGGGUAUGGGAUCUCAGUCCAUGCCUCAUCAUCAAAAGCGUCUGUGACUAUGCCGAUAGCCACAAGAGCCAGGCAUGGCAGAAAUACGCAGCAGCAGCGGCUGCUUCUGGAGCCAAAGCCAUUCUGGAACAUUGGCUACCUACAACGAAGCCAGUUCCCCAGACAGCCUCUUCUGGCCAAGUGGACGAACUCAAGAAGAUGAAACAGAAUUUCCAGCACCUAGUCAAAGAAAGAAAAGACGUCGUCCUCUGGGGCCACCAAGGAAGUGGAAAGCCACAAUUAACAAUACACUACACCACGAUUCCCAGAAAGUCCUACGAUUCGAUCAUAUGGAUUGACAGUUCGUUAAGACACUCCAUUCUUGAAUCUUUCGCCCGCGUAUGCUCAAACCUCAAGGGUCAUCUGGAACGCGGCCAGUCGGUGAUUAAGUCAGUCCUGGAGAACGACACGAAUCAUUCUUGGAUCCUGGUGUUUGACAAUGUAGAGAGUCGCGAUAAAGCGCCUGAAAGUGACAGUAUUAAUCCGCGACCCUAUUUUCCUAACUCAUAUCAUGACUACAUUCUACUGACAUCCACUUCGUCUGAUGUGCCCCAUCGGCUGAACUUUGCUAGCAUUCACAUACGAGCACUCAAUGAGCGAGCCCACCCUGGACCUCCUAGAGUGCAGCAAACAUUAUGUCUAAUUUCCCGGGUUCUUCUGUCACCGAGUCCACGCUGCCAAGCGUUUGUGAUAUAUCAACAGUCUCAGUGUCGUCCAGAACGGCUUCUUGCGAAAUGGGUGGACAGUCUCUUCAUUGGAAACAGGCAGAUGCUCUGGCCAACACACAGCCCAGUCAAGAUGGGAGAGUGCAAUGACAAAACUAAAUACGACUUGAUAGGAGUUAUGAAAUCGCCAUUCCGUGCGACGAUAGAGUCGGCUGAUGCUUUAUUCUGGGUUUUGUUUGCCAUCCACAAGUCAAGGAAAUGA